AUGACAUUAGACCCAUAUUCAGGAUCAGUCGAUUGCCGUGACUGGAAGAAAUCAGCAAUUAAAAAAGCUAUUGAAGAUGGUAUAUUUAAAGAACAUGACUAUGUAAUGCUUUAUAAUCUUGACGAAUUCAGAGCACUUGCCAAAGAAGCCUGCGACAACUUAAAAGGAUUACAAACUAUGGCAGUUAAAUGUAAUCCAGUUAUGAGCUUAAUGAAAGAAGCAAUUAAAGCUGGUCUUGGUGCUGAAGUUGCUUCAUUUGGUGAAUUAAGAAUUGCAGAAAUAGCUGGUUUUGAACCAUCUAAAAUUAUAUUUGAUUCACCAAUUAAAACAAAAAAAGAAUUAGAAUAUGCAUUAAAUUUAGGUGUUGUAAUUAAUAUUGAUAAUUUUGAAGAAUUAGAAACUAUAGAAUCAAUUGUUUCAAAAUUUUCAAAGGAAAAAUAUGAAAGUCUUUCGUUGGGUAUUAGAGUGAAUCCACAAGUUGGAGCAGGUAAAUUAACUGAUCUUAGUACAGGUGUACCAACAUCUAAAUUUGGUAUUGGUAUUGAACAUAAAGAUAAGAUCAUCGAUGCCUAUGUACGUAACAAAUUUUUAAAGGGAGUUCAUAUUCAUGUUGGAUCACAAGGUUUUGAAAUUUCAAAUAUAUCAGAAUCUGCAGUUAAAGUUAUGAAUUUAGUGAAAGAGAUUAAUGCACGUGAUGAUACAAAAUCUCAAAUUACAUUCUUUAAUAUGGGUGGUGGUUUAUCAGUAAACUUUGAAUCAGAAGAGACUUCACCAACUUUCACUCAAUAUGCCAAUCACAUGAAACAAUUAUUACCAGAAUUAUUCAAUGGUGAAUUUUUAUUGAUUACCGAAUUUGGUCGUUCCUAUUGGGCAAAAUGUGGUGUCGUAGUUUCAACAGUUGAAUAUACAAAAUCAAGUGGUGAUCGUGAAAUCGCAAUUUGUCAUGCCGGUGCAAAUAUGUACAUUAGAACCGUUUAUCAAUUCCCAUUGUGGAGAAUUAGAGUAACCAUUUUCGAUUCAAAUGGUGAAUAUAAAACUGGAAAUGAAAAAAUCACAGAUAUCGCUGGUCCUUGUUGUUUUGCCGCUGAUGUUUUAGUAAAAGAAAGAUUAUUACCACCAAUUAAAAAAGAUGAUUUCAUUAUGGCACAUGAUAGUGGUGCUUAUAUGCUUUCAAGUUAUUCUCAUUAUAAUUUAAGAUUAGCUCCACCAAUUUUCUCUUUUAAUACCACAAAUAAUACAAUUGAAUUAAUUAAAAAAGGUGAAACUAUUGAAGAUAAAAUUAAUUUCUUUUCUUAA